AUGCGCAAGCCCAAGUUCAGCAGCAAGUACCUGAUCCAGCACAUCAGCAACAAGCUGAUCCCCGCGGUCAAGGAGUGGGAGAAGACCUACCAGCCGCCCGUCAUCCACCUCGGCCGCGUGCUGUCGGUGGGGGACGGCAUCGCCCGCGUCUACGGCCUCAGGAGCGUCCAGGCCGGCGAGCUGGUGUGCUUUGACAGCGGCGUGAAGGGCAUGGCCCUGAACCUGCAGCACGACCACGUGGGAGUGGUGAUCUUCGGCCAGGACCACGCCAUCCACCAGGGCGACCUGGUGUACCGCACCGGCCAGAUCGUCAACGUGCCCAUCGGCCCCGGCAACCUGGGCCGCGUGCUCGACGCCCUGGGCCAGCCCAUUGAUGGCAAGGGGCCGCUGACCAACGUGAGGAGCAGCCUGGUGGAGGUCAAGGCGCCCGGCAUCGUGGCGCGCCAGUCGGUGCGCGAGCCCCUCUACACCGGUGUCAAGGCGGUGGACAGCCUGGUGCCCAUCGGCCGCGGGCAGCGUGAGCUGAUCAUCGGGGAUCGCCAGACCGGCAAGACCGCCAUCGCAUGCCCAAGGUGUGCGCCCUGGUUCAUAUCCGGUCGGCCUGCCCUGGCCCCGGCGCCUGCCUGA